AUGGCCCGCGACCGACGACACACCAACCUGCAUCAGCCCAUCAUCGAGUCCUUCCAGUUCUCCCACCACAACUCGCCGCUACGCGACGCCUUUCCCCCCGAUGCCCGCGAAAAGCCAGGGUGUCGCCACUCACAAAUCAACCCAGAAUCUACCAUGGACGUCAGCGGUGAUGGCCUGGAGAUUCCUCUCCGACCAAAGGAUGUCCAACUCGACAAUGUGGUUAUAGACAGCGCCAACGACGACGGCGUCGGCCGCCACCUGCAUGGCGGUGGCGAUGGGCCCGACAAUGAGGACAACGUCAGUGAAGCUGGGGACGACAGCCCCACACAUCGCCUCCGCCAAGGCCUCGCUCGCUUCGGCGCCUUGCUUGCCAAGCACUCUUUCUUCGUGCUCCUCCUGGCCAUUGCCCUUGGCUUGACCUUAUACUACGGGCAAGGAAAUGAGCGUGAUGUCACCUUUGAAGGGGCUGGUGCUGGUACCUGGUCUGGCUUUGCCCUCAUUGUCAUUGUUCUGUGGCCUGUCUGCCGUCUCCUGGUCUGGCUCUCCGUGCUUCUCGCCGGCAAAUGCCUCCUCAAGUACUCCAUCCACUUUGUCCUGGAACGUUCCCAAAAGGCUCUUGCCUACUUUCUCUGGGCCCUUCUGGCCACAGUGGCCUGGCACGUCGUGUUCUACGAAAUCAACCUCUUGGCUGGAACCCAAAGUGAUGGCAGCUCAACGCACCGGAAUCGCAUGUCCUACAUUCUUCGUGCCCUCAUUAUCAACGUCGCUAUUGCUAUUCUCCUCGUGCUCAAGCGUCUCACCGUUGUGCGCCUCAAGCUGCAGCGUCGUGUCGCCGACUACCUUAAGCGUGUCAAUCGCGCCAUCUCUGCCCAGGUCAUCCUCGACCUUCUCACAGCCAACAUCCGAGCCAAGGAUUUUCGCAAGGCACACUUGGACCGCGUUCACCGCCGCGUUGUCAAUUUGCUUCAGGCCAACUCGACCACCCGCUUGCCCCGCCGUGGUGCUGUAAAUUCUGAACAUGCUGCAGCGCGCCUCCAGUCCAAAUUGCGUGAAAUUAUGGAUGCCCGUCGCGCAAUCCAAAUAAGCCAAUCCAAGCAUUCCCGCGCCAACUCGCGCACGGUGGCCUUUUCAGAAGUGGAGGGCCCAGACAACGCCAUCAUAUCUCCAACUCAAGAGUCAAAUACUUCUGGUACCGGUGGCAUUCUGCGCCGCCGCCGCAUGCAGCCCCUCUCUACCAUUAGCACGGAUGGCUCCCGCACUCCGGACCGGUCUGGCCUGCAGACGCCCAAGGAUUCCGACUCACCAACCAGCGUCACUCCACAACCCAACCCCAGCAUCGCCACAUCCAAGGCGCCCACCCGUCGUUUUGCCUAUGCCAUGCUGCCGACCACCAACGAGGUGUAUGACCACACAAAUCAAACAGAGAAUGCAUUUGAAGCACUCUUUGAGGAGCCCGAGGUCGAUGACCUGCGGCAAUUUCUAAAGGACACGGAUACCAUACAAAAAGAUCCCAUCAUCGUGUGCCGAGGAGAUGUCAAACUCGUCAAGAAGGACGAUGCCGUGCAGCUGGGUCACUGCAUCUUCAACCAUUACUGCCAACUUAACCAGAAGCGUGAACUUCACGUGCCUAUUACGCGCCUCGCUCGUGCCUUCAAGGGUCAAAAGGAGACACUUCAACACGAGAUGUUUCAGAUUGUGCGUCGUAUCUUUGAUCCCAAUGACGUGGGUAGUUUGGAUCGUCAGUGGGUCAUCAAUCGCUGUCUGCGCCUCUUCACGGAGCGACGACAUCUAGCCCAAUCCCUGUCCGACCUGGACUCACUGAUUCGCUCCCUUAACACAUUCCUCAACGCUGGCGUGUGUCUGCUGACGUUGAUCCUCAUUCUCAUCAUCUACUCGCAAGGCGUGCUGGCCGAUUUCGUCGUUUCUGUCUCGGCUGUUCUGCUUGCUUUCAGUUUUCUCUUCUCCGACAUAAGCCGUGUGACCAUCAACUCGUUUCUCUUCACCUUCUUGCGCCAUCCUUAUGAUGUGGGAGAUCGCGUUGUCGUUCGACCCGAUCCAAAUGAGCUGCUGGUCAUGCGCAUUAACUUGCUGACGACAACCUUUUACCACUGGAACGGCAAGCACGUGACAUGGCCAAACCACCAGCUUUUUGACUCGGUCAUUGAGAACAUGCGCCGACCUAAAUGGCACAUUGGACUUCACGUCUUUUACGUCCCCAUCUCAACCCCAGUCAAGCACAUGGACGAGCUGGAGAAGGCUUUUUUCGCUCACAUCCGCACCAAACCCAAUGAGUUUGAUUCCCAGCUAUCACAUGUCCAGAUUUAUGGUAUCGAGGAUAUGUUUCGCAUCAAGCUCGUGUUCCACACGGUUCAACGCACGAGCUGGCAGAAUGCUGAGUAUUUGUGGCGGGCGACUGCUGUAUUCAAGGUCAUCAAGGCCCGAGCCGAGGAGCUCGGCAUUCGCUUUAGCGCUCUGGAGCAGCCCGUAUCUGUGCGCUACGAAAACAUGGCCACGCCGCCAACCGAUACCUCAAACCACGGAGCAAAACUUGUGAGUGAGAAACAACAUUCUAUCGUUUUUCUGGCGCUGGAUGUGGUGUCACAUUCAUUCUUACACAAGUUUGGAGUCCUAGACAAAGCGAAGGCAAGCAUGGAUUGGUUGGGGGCAAGCUUUGUUCACAAGUUGCCAAAACCAAAACCGACUAAAUAUGUCAACGACAUGUGUAAAAGAGCACGGCAGAGUGAUACAACUCCAUAA